AUGUCGGUUUCAGGCGAAGCCCCCGUGAUUGGGACCCAACCAGAGAAUGUGGACGUUGAGCGGGGUGGGAAUGCCAUGCUCAGUGUGGUGGCAACCGGAGAGGGACUGAGCUACCAGUGGUUUGGUCCUGAUGGAGAGAUCGAAGGAGCCACCGCAUCCACUUUACGGAUUACCAAUGCUGGACCAGAUGACGCUGGCGACUAUAGAGUGCGAAUUACAACUGUCAAUGGAGGAAUUGUCGAUUCUGACACUGUCUCACUUUCCGUCGGUCCUGCAAUUGACGUACAACCGAGCGAUGUGAAUGCGGAAGCGGGUGGAACUGCCACACUCACCGUGGAAGCCUCUGGUGAAGGAUUGAGCUACCAGUGGUUUGGUCCUGGCGGGAACGCUCUCACUGACGUCGACGGAGACAUCGAAGGAUCCAAUUCAUCCACCCUGCAAAUUAUCAAUGUUGAGUCUGGCGAUGCUGGAGAUUACACAGUCGUUGUGACCAACAGUGCGGGAUCAGUCGUCUCUGAUGCUGCAACUCUGUCUAUUGCUCAACCUACCCAAGGUCCCACACUUGCUCCUCUGAUCCUGAACUGCAGUACCGAGUUCCUCGCUGAGUCUCAGCAAGUGAGUGUGAGCUGCACGUCAAGUAGGGACCUCGACGGCUUGGACUUUGAGUGCAGCUUCAAUGAUUCAUCAGUAACAGAAGGAUGUGGACAAUUCCCGUUCUUUGUGUCUGUCGCUGGAGCUUCAGGAAGCCAGACCAUUGUCAUCAGUGCAACCGAUCCAGCGGAUGGAGCUGGUUUCACGUCAACCAUUACAAUCACAACCACAGCCCCUGAAAUUGAGACCCAACCAGAGAGUGUGGGUGUCGAGCAAGGCGGAAGUGCCUCAUUCACCGUGGAGGCCUCUGGUGCAGGACUGACCUACCAGUGGUUUGGUCCUGGCGGAGUGGCUCUGACUGACAGUGACGGAGAGAUUGAGGGGUCCACUUCAGGAACGUUGACAGUUUUCAACGCUGAGCCUGGCGAUGCGGGAGACUACACGGUCGUUGUGACCAACAGUGCGGGAUCAGUCACCUCUGAUGCUGCAACCCUGUCUAUCGGCGAAGCCCCCGUGAUUGGGACCCAACCAGAGAAUGUGGACGUUGAGCGGGGUGGGAAUGCCACGCUCAGUGUGGUGGCAACCGGAGAGGGACUGAGCUACCAGUGGUUUGGUCCUGAUGGAGAGAUCGAAGGAGCCACCGCAUCCACUUUACGGAUUACCAAUGCUGGACCAGAUGACGCUGGCGACUAUAGAGUGCGAAUUACAACUGUCAAUGGAGGAAUUGUCGAUUCUGACACUGUCUCACUUUCCGUCGGUCCUGCAAUUGACGUACAACCGAGCGAUGUGAAUGCGGAAGCGGGUGGAACUGCCACACUCACCGUGGAAGCCUCUGGUGAAGGAUUGAGCUACCAGUGGUUUGGUCCUGGCGGGAACGCUCUCACUGACGUCGACGGAGACAUCGAAGGAUCCAAUUCAUCCACCCUGCAAAUUAUCAAUGCUGAGUCUGGCGAUGCUGGAGAUUACACAGUCGUUGUGACCAACAGUGCGGGAUCAGUCGUCUCUGAUGCUGCAACUCUGUCUAUUGCUCAACCUACCCAAGGUCCCACACUUGCUCCUCUGAUCCUGAACUGCAGUGCCGAGUUCCUCGCUGAGUCUCGGCAAGUGAGUGUGAGCUGCACGUCAAGUAGGGACCUCGACGGCUUGGACUUUGAGUGCAGCUUCAAUGAUUCAUCAGUAACAGAAGGAUGUGGACAAUUCCCGUUCUUUGUGUCUGUCGCUGGAGCUUCAGGAAGCCAGACCAUUGUUAUCAGUGCAACCGAUCCAGCGGAUGGAGCUGGUUUCACGUCAACCAUUACAAUCACAACCACAGCCCCUGAAAUUGAGACCCAACCAGAGAGUGUGGGUGUCGAGCAAGGCGGAAGUGCCUCAUUCACCGUGGAGGCCUCUGGUGCAGGACUGACCUACCAGUGGUUUGGUCCUGGCGGAGUGGCUCUGACUGACAGUGACGGAGAGAUUGAGGGGUCCACUUCAGGAACGUUGACAGUUUUCAACGCUGAGCCUGGCGAUGCGGGAGACUACACGGUCGUUGUGACCAACAGUGCGGGAUCAGUCACCUCUGAUGCUGCAACCCUGUCUAUCGGCGAAGCCCCCGUGAUUGGGACCCAACCAGAGAAUGUGGACGUUGAGCGGGGUGGGAAUGCCACGCUCAGUGUGGUGGCAACCGGAGAGGGACUGAGCUACCAGUGGUUUGGUCCUGAUGGAGAGAUCGAAGGAGCCACCGCAUCCACUUUACGGAUUACCAAUGCUGGACCAGAUGACGCUGGCGACUAUAGAGUGCGAAUUACAACUGUCAAUGGAGGAAUUGUCGAUUCUGACACUGUCUCACUUUCCGUCGGUCCUGCAAUUGACGUACAACCGAGCGAUGUGAAUGCGGAAGCGGGUGGAACUGCCACACUCACCGUGGAAGCCUCUGGUGAAGGAUUGAGCUACCAGUGGUUUGGUCCUGGCGGGAACGCUCUCACUGACGUCGACGGAGACAUCGAAGGAUCCAAUUCAUCCACCCUGCAAAUUAUCAAUGCUAAGUCUGGCGAUGCUGGAGAUUACACAGUCGUUGUGACCAACAGUGCGGGAUCAGUCGUCUCUGAUGCUGCAACUCUGUCUAUUGCUCAACCUACCCAAGGUCCCACACUUGCUCCUCUGAUCCUGAACUGCAGUGCCGAGUUCCUCGCUGAGUCUCAGCAAGUGAGUGUGAGCUGCACGUCAAGUAGGGACCUCGACGGCUUGGACUUUGAGUGCAGCUUCAAUGAUUCAUCAGUAACAGAAGGAUGUGGACAAUUCCCGUUCUUUGUGUCUGUCGCUGGAGCUUCAGGAAGCCAGACCAUUGUCAUCAGUGCAACCGAUCCAGCGGAUGGAGCUGGUUUCACGUCAACCAUUACAAUCACAACCACAGCCCCUGAAAUUGAGACCCAACCAGAGAGUGUGGGUGUCGAGCAAGGCGGAAGUGCCUCAUUCACCGUGGAGGCCUCUGGUGCAGGACUGACCUACCAGUGGUUUGGUCCUGGCGGAGUGGCUCUGACUGACAGUGACGGAGAGAUUGAGGGGUCCACUUCAGGAACGUUGACAGUUUUCAACGCUGAGCCUGGCGAUGCGGGAGACUACACGGUCGUUGUGACCAACAGUGCGGGAUCAGUCACCUCUGAUGCUGCAAGUCUGUCUAUUGGUCCUGCAAUUGACGUACAGCCGAGCGAUGUGAAUGCUGCGGAAGCGGGUGGGACUGCCACAUUCACCGUGGAAGCCUCUGGUGAAGGACUGUUGAGCUACCAGUGGUUUGGUCCUGGCGGGGACGCUCUCACUGACGUUGACGGAGACAUCGAAGGAUCCAAUUCAUCCACCCUGCAAAUCAUCAAUGUUGAGUCUGGCGAUGCUGGAGACUACACAGUCGUUGUGACCAACAGUGCGGGAUCAGUCAUCUCUGAUGCUGCAACCCUGUCUAUCGGUGAGAUUAAUUGA